AUGUCGGAGUAUUUCAAAAAUAUGACAGUUUUGUUUGGUGGACUUUUGGUGGAGAAUACGAAUUUUGAAAAUAUUUCAUUCUUCCCAAAAUCGCAAGAAAAUGGUAUUUACGUCCGGAACAAUUCGAAACUGACUGAUUACAAAUUUCUAACUCAAAUGUUUAUGUACAGUGAUAAAAAUCUGAAAGAAUGUGAUUUUCAAGUGGUUGACAAUAAGAAAUUGAAUGCUGAAAGUCUGUGUGGAUCUGGAUUGUUGCAUUAUUUCACGGAUUUGAGAGUCAAGGGAAAUCUCAAGGAUUGUGGUUGCCAAGGAGACGAAAUAGACGAUUCCACCCUGUCAACCUAUAAAACUUGUCAAAACUCAUACAACGGACUUUAUUUGAAUAACGUUACUUCCAAAGAUUUUUCCUCUCUUGAAAAUAUAAUGCAAGUCAAGGGAAUUAUUGAUAUUUCGGAUACCGAUAUUGAGAAUUUGUCGUUUUUGAAGAACCUUGUAACUUUCAAUUACCGUAACCAAGGAACAAAGGAGAGGAUUUCGUUUAAUCUUCAAAAUAAUCCGAAAAUGACGAGAUUUGGAAUGCCAGUUUUAAGUGUUAUUCAUAACACAGAAGUCGAGAGGACGGAUGGUCCGGAAGAGGGAAUUGUGCUUUUCAAUUUUGAAAAUCUACACCCGGAUUUUUGUCUAACAGUCAAUGAGAUCUUGUUAUUUUUGGAAUUGAAUGUCACUUUUCGUAAUUUGAAUGCGAAAGUUUGCGAUGUAUCACAGGAAAUUCUUAACGAUCCUUCAAUUUGUACAUUUGAAACUUUGGAAAAAUUACACGAAAAAUGUAUUUUCGUAAUUGGAGAUGUUAUAAUCGAUUCUGAAAACGAGCACGAUAUCGUUAAUGUUGGAAAUGUUUAUUACAUUUUUGGCUCGCUGACUAUCAAAAACACAAAGUUAAAAAGUUUGGCGUAUUUUUUCAAUCUUCUGGCAAUAGUUCAUUUGGGUGAUGGACCUGUUAUUCAAUUGAUAUCUAACAAGGAAUUGAAAGAUGUCAAAUUCGAUAACCUACGAAGCAUUAUUACAAGUGGACAUCGACAAGCUUUUAUUCAGGACAAUCAUCCGGAUAUUUUCAAAUCCAGUGGGGGAAAUUGUAUAAUUUCAGACCCGGAGAAUAUUUAUAUUGCAUACAGAACUAGAUUGAAUUUCACUGGAACAGAUUGCGAUGGCAGCAGAAUUGAAGAGCAGGCUGAAACAGGGGCUGUAACUGGGCAGCCUGAGCAACAACCAGCAGAAACUGAUAACCUCUGUGUUUUAAACUCUUUUGCUGCUCUUCAAAGAAUUGUAUUUUUACAUGUACCAAGUGUUAGACCUAUUUUUUCGGGAACGUAUCUCUCUGUAAUUAUAUCAUUCUGCUGGGCAAGUAUCAUUUACGCACAUUUUAUUUCUUUUUACAAAUGUGAAUCGUCUUUGGGAGCUACCAAAAUCUGUGAACACUUUCCUGACAUUGCUUUCCUAAUGAUCUAUAGAUUUUCCCUAUGCAUGUUGAACUUUCUAACGGCAUAUUUCUACUACAGUAUACACAAAACUAUUUUCACGUUUUCAUCUUGUGCUGUGACAAUUAUACAUAACAUUAUUCCUUCGGAGCCUAUUGAAGAAUUUCUCGGAGAUAUUUCCUGUUAUUAUUUAGUAUUUUUCACUCCAAUUUUUCCAGCCGUAAUUUCAAUUUCAUAUAUCUCUUCCAUGAGUCAUUUGAAGAGCUUGGUGUCAAGAAUUAUGCGACAUAAUUAA